CACCGGUAGGGGGCGGGCAGAUGAUUGUGCGCAUGUGCAAGGUUACCAUUAUUACUUCCACUUGGCUCUGCUUGUUCCUCAGAGCGCGGACGAGUUGUGUGUGUUAGUAGUCUCGACUAUCCGUGAGAAGAGAAAAUGUCCGAAGGUGGGGAAGGGUACGUGGUGAAGAUCAGGGGACUGCCGUGGUCCUGCUCCACAGAUGAAAUCGAAUCGUUUUUCUCAGAAUCAAAAAUCCUUAACACAACACAUGGCAUCCACUUCAUCUAUACCAGAGAAGGAAGGCCGAGCGGGGAAGCGUUUGUGGAGUUCGAAACAGAGGAAGAUAGCAACAUAGCCCUGAAAAAAGACAGAGAGACCAUGGGACAUCGAUAUGUGGAAGUUUUCAAGUCUAAUAAUGUUGAAAUGGACUGGGUUUUGAAGCAUACUGGUCCUAACAGCCCUGACACUGCAAAUGACGGCUUUGUUCGUUUAAGAGGCCUCCCAUUUGGCUGUAGUAAAGAAGAAAUCGUGCAGUUCUUUUCAGGGUUGGAAAUCGUGCCAAAUGGGAUAACAUUGCCGGUGGACUUCCAGGGGAGGAGUACGGGGGAGGCCUUCGUGCAGUUUGCUUCACAGGAAAUAGCUGAAAAGGCUCUAAAGAAACACAAGGAGAGAAUAGGGCACAGGUACAUUGAGAUUUUUAAGAGUAGUAGAGCGGAGGUUCGUACAAACUAUGAUCCUCCAAGAAAGCUUCUUGGCAUGCAACGCCCAGGACCUUAUGACAGACCAGGUGCUGGGAGAGGCUACGGUGCAAUGGGGAGAGGAUUUGAUCGCAUGAGACGUGGAGCCUAUGGAGGCGGAUAUAGUGGCUAUGAGGAGUACAAUGGAUAUAAUGAAUACGGUUUUGGUGCAGAACAGAGAUUUGGAAGAGUGUCGGACAAUAGGUAUGCAGAUGGUUCUAAUUUUCAAAGCACUACAGGUCACUGCGUUCAUAUGAGGGGCCUUCCUUACAGGGCAACAGAGACGGACAUCUAUACUUUCUUCUCUCCCUUGAAUCCAGUAAGAGUUCACAUUGAAAUUGGGGCAGAUGGCAGAGUCACUGGAGAAGCAGAUGUUGAAUUUGCAACGCAUGAGGAUGCAGUGGCAGCCAUGUCUAAAGACAAAGCCAAUAUGCAACACAGAUAUGUCGAGUUGUUCCUUAAUUCAACGGCUGGUGGAGCUGGUGGUGCAUAUGGUGGACAGAUGAUGAGUGGACUUGCAGGAACACAGUCAAAUUAUGGCAGCCCUGGGUCCCAGGCUUUGAGUGGCACAGGAUAUGGUACAGGAUAUGGAAAUCAAGCUAGUUUAAGUGGUUAUGGUAACCAGAGUGGAUUAAACAACAGUUACUAUGGCAGUGGAAGACAAGGAUCAAUGGGUGUAAAUGGGAUGGCUGGAAUGUCUAGCAACAUGAGCAUGAGUGCUGCAUGGGGAAUGUAAACCGAGGAAAGGGGUGUCCUUUUUGUUUUUUUUAUGACUGAGCUGAUUAUUGUGGGAUUUUUUUGUUUUUUAAACUGAAAGGGUAACUGUACUUCCUAGCUAACCUACCUUUCCCUUCCCCCAUGCUACCUAUAAUCUUCUGUACCUGCCUCACCAGUGGGCAACGCAGUACAUGCGCUUCCUCUUUUCUGUAGGCAAGAAUACAAAACCAAUCCCCUUUCAAGCCUGCAGGUUUACAGUGGGGAUUUUUUUUUCUUUUUAAGGGGGCAGGACACUAUG